GUGAUUUUUUUUUUUUGAAAUUUUAUACAUAAUAUAAGAGAUGAAUUUGGAACUUUUAAGUCCUUUUUCUCAGGAAUAUCCGGAAAAUUUGACAUCUUCAUUAUCAUAUGGGCAUGCUAUGUUGAUUCGUUUUGAUAAGAAAGGAGAUCAUUUGGCAGCAGGACUUUUUGAUGGAGUUAUUAUUAUAUGGGACCUUUUAACAAAUGGGGUUUCAAGGAUAUUAAAAGGACAUACUAGACCUAUUCAAUCCGUCUGUUGGUCUAUAGAAAAUCGUUAUUUGUUAUCGGCAGCUCGUGAUUGGAGAUGUGUUUUAUGGGAUCUUAAAGAUGGAUCUCGUGUGAAAAUGAUUCGUUUUAAUGCGCCUAUUUGGGGGGCGGAACUACAUCCUUUUGAUAGAGAAAUCUUUGUUGCAUCUCUCCUUGAAGACGUCCCUAUUCUUACUAAUAUAUCGGGGGGUGGAAUUCAAAAAUAUGUUCUUCCAACUGCCCCUAAAAGGCCUUUGAAAGAAGGUACAGAAGAAGGUGAAAUUGACGAGAAAGUUAUAUCACAAGAUACAAAACAAUUUACACUUGUUUGUACAUUUGAUAGUACAGGAAAAUAUAUUUAUAGUGGUACUACGAAGGGAUGGCUUAAUAUUAUAUCAAGUACAUCUUUAGAAAUCCUAUAUUCUUUUCGAUUAACUAAUUCCAAUAUUAAACAAAUACGUUUGAGUCCUACUGGAAAAACACUUGCCAUAAAUUCAACUGAUAGAAUUAUUCGAACACUUCCUAUUUUUGAUAAUCCUGAAAAUUUAAAUGAUGAUUCAAUUGAAGUAGAACAUAAAUUUCAAGAUGUUAUUAAUAGAUUUCAGUGGAAUGCAUGUGCAUUUAGUUCUUCUGGAGAAUAUGUUAUGGCAUCUACAUAUCGUUCUGCUCAUGUUAUUUAUAUAUGGGAUAGGAAUACAGGAUCUCUUGUAAAGAUUUUAGAAGGUCCUAAAGAAGAAUUCAUUGAUAUUGAUUGGCAUCCUGUUUUCCCAUUUAUUGCAGCAGCUGGUUUAGAAACUGGAACAAUUUAUAUUUGGUCUAUUCCACGAACAGAAGGCUGGUCAGCUUUUGCUCCUGAUUUUACUGAAUUAGAAGAAAACAUUUUAUAUGAAGAACGAGAAGAUGAAUUUGAUAUAGUUCCAGAAGAAACUAAAAAAAGUAAAAUUGAAGAAGAUGUUGAUGUAGAUAUAAUAACUAUCGACAACAUCCAAUAUACAGAAGGAUCUUUUCACACAGAAGGGUUUCUUCUGCCUGUAUUAUUUAACAGUGAUUAUACAAGUUCAUCUGAAACAGAUCAGGAAAAAAAAUAUAUAAAAAAACCUGAAAAUUCAAAAAAUGAUAUAAAAAGAAAAAGAGACGAAUAAGAAAUUGAAAAAAAACACUGCGUAUUAUAUAUUAAACAAUAUUAUUUAUUUUUAACUUUAUCUCUUAACGAAUUAUAAUGUGCGCCUAAUCAUAGCUUAAUUUCAUUCAGAUCAUAGACAAUUCUAAUACCUAGUGCGUACAUAUGUUGGUAAUAACUUAACUUGAUUGUAUUUUUAUUUUGCGAAAAUGAUGUUUCUCCAUCCGGAUCGAAAUUAAUUUUCAAUGGCAAUCCUUUCAUCUGUAUUAAUUCUACAUUUACUUUAUAUGCCCGUGCCAGUGCGAUAAUUUCUACUUCUCCUCCCCACAUCGCUGUAUGUUCGAUAUCAUUACAAUAUGAUUCUACAUCCCUUAUUUCCCCCGUUUCAUCGUUAAAAAGAAACGGGAUAAAACUCUGUUCAUGUUCCCGAAUAUAAGAUGCUGCUACUGUACGAAGUUGAAGAUAAUCUAUCUAAUAAAAAUAUUAAAAAAUAUUAAAAUAAAAACAUGAUAUCACAUGAAUAUCAUGUCGAACAGCAAGUUGGUCAGAGAAUGCCCUAUAUAGACAAUGUCCGUCAGGAAUAAUCUGAUCAUUUUAAGCCCUUAAAACUAUUAAAAUUAUAAAGUUUAUUACAUCUUUUUCUUCAAAUGACAUUUUUUCAAUAAUUGAAGAAAUAAUAUCUUUUUCAAAUUUUCUCAUAUCAAUAGAUGAUUCUUCAUCAAGAGAUGCUU